UCUGUUCCGUUGGCAACUUGGCGUAGCAGCGACGCGAGCAAAACCCCAGCCGGCGGGACGCCAUGGCCGCCGCGCUACGCGCCCUCCGCCGCCUCCCGGCCACCUCAUCGUCUCGUCCGCUGCCGUCAUCGCUCCCCGGACCUUCUCGCAAGCUCUCCGCCGCCGCCGCCGCCGCAUUCAGCCUCCCGUACGCGCGCGGUGCGCACUCCGCUCCGAAUCUUGUGCCCUCGAUCCUCCGCCGCUUGUGCUCUGCCGCCAGGGGAGAACGCUCCGCCGCCGACCUCGCAUCUGUGCGCCGUGCCCACGCCUCUCCGCUCCACGCACCCUCCCUGCUGCCGGUGCGCCACCACGGCACCACCACCACCUCCACCCAGGCCCCUGCCUCCACCAAACUCAACUCUCCGGAGCAGUGCAGCGAAGAGGAGGCUGUGCAGUUUGCGCUCGAAAAACUGCGCAACAUUGACAAGUCGUUGGCGCAACUCAAGCUGUACAUGUGGUGCAAGUUUGUUCUGUUUGGAAUGUUCCUGCAUGUGUUCUACAGGUUGUUUUCUCUACUCAAGGAGGAUGUGGUAGCCCUUGGAAAGAAAGUUGACAAGCUCGAAAGCCGCCGGAUCCUAGAGAGAAAGAUCGUGCAGAGAAGCGAUUCCUGCUAAAUUAAUUCAUCUCUUGACGGUGCUACAAUCCUGAGCAAUGAUGACGCAUGGGUUUGAAUUGUGCCAGAUUGUCUUGACUGAAGAAACUGAUCCGGUUUAGUAAGUAGUCUUGGCUUGUUCAUGAAGGUGCCAGAUGUUUCUAAUGGCAACUUUGAGGCGCUAUUGGCAACAUUUUUUUUUACUGAAGAAACUGAUCCAGUGUAGUGGCCUUGACUUGUUAAAUGUUAAUGGGAGUCCCAGAUGCUUCUAGUUUGUACACUUUGCGGUGUU